UCGAAAGCAAUUUACCUUCCUUGACGAGUCAUCAGGAAUGGACUCACCUGCUGCUCCAGCAACUCCUGCACUGUCAAAGUCUGCGCAGAAGAGGGCAGAAAAGGCAGAGCGGUUGGCUGCAACCAAGAUCGAGCGCAGAGCCAAGGAAAAGGCCGCAAGAAAGGAAAAGAGACGAAUUAAAGCUGAAAAGCGCGCUGCCAGCGAGCUCGACAGUGCCGAUGAGGCAGAAAAAGAACGCAAGAAAAAGAAACCAAAGCUUGAAUUUGGUGGAAGAGUACUCAUCGAUUUGGGUUUCGACGUUAAAAUGUUUGACAAGGAGAUCAAUUCCUUGUGUUCACAGCUAGCAUAUACAUACAGUGCAAACCGCCAGGCAUCAUAUCCGUUUUCUUUAAUCUGCUCGUCUGUCAACGGGCGUACCCGAGAUCGCCUCGAAGCCACCAGCGACGCGGCGUACAAGAGAUGGAUAAAUACCGAAUGGUGGGAAGAGGGAUACGAGAGACUCUGGUCUGGGAACGCUCUAUCAACGGCACCUGGAACUGAGAACGAAGACAUGCCGAGAAACAGUUGUCCAGAGACAGAAGAUGGGACCGAGAAUAUCAAGCGAUCCAUGGUUUAUUUGACUGCAGACUCCGAGGAGGAGCUCACUGAGCUCCUCCCCCACGAGAUCUACAUCAUAGGAGGCAUAGUGGAUCGCAACCGCUUCAAGAACCUUCCUGACCUUUCCAAGAAUCUCUGUCUCGACAAAGCCAAAGAGUCUGGCAUUCGCACUGCCUGUCUUCCCAUAGGCCGCUACCUUGAAAAUCUGCCAACGCGUAAGGUGCUCACCGUGAAUCAGGUCUUCGAGAUCAUGCUCAAGUGGGUCGAGACCAGAGACUGGGAGACUUCUCUUUACGCAGUCAUUCCCAAGCGAAAAUUCCUGCCGGGAGGUAAAAAUGGAGGGAAGGAGGACUCUGCUGUUGCUCCUGAAGAAGAUGUUUUGACGCGGAACGAAGCUGCAGCCGAGUCCGAAGCAUGUUAG